AUGGGUAAAGGACCGUUGGAGCGACAGCUCCAGUUUGAAAAGCAGAACAAAGAUCUUGUCAAGCUACCAAAAUACGCGAAAGUUGAAAAACGCCCUAUCAACCACCCCCCAGUUGCCUCUCCUUAUGCAGGAACCUCUGUGCCAAAGAUUGUCUAUGUCUCGACUAGUACACCCUUCAUGAGUGCCGUGAAGCGCGUCCAGAAACUCCUUCGCCAUGCCGAGAAACGCGCAACAGCCAACAUCGAUCUUGGAGACACGCGCAAAACAGAGCAGCAGAAGCUUGCGGAGUUGACCAAGGCCGCGGAUAAGCGAGAAGAGAUUUUUUUAAAGGCUACGGGGAGAGCAAUUGAGAAGGCACUCAAAGUGGGCAAAUGGUUCGAGGAGAAGGAAACCGAGUAUGUGGUCCGUGUGACUACCGGCAGUGUGCUUGCGGUUGAUGAUAUUGUCGAGGAUGAGGAAAAGAAGAAGCUGGAGAUGCAAAAGGAGCAGCAACAAUCGAAAGACGAGUCGCUUCCUGAAAAGCAGGACCACGAAACCUCCAAAGCCGCUGCGAAGAAACGAAAGCGCCAGGCCCCUGCUGUAUCCGAUGAUGCUGAACUUCCUGAGUCGCGCACCCGUUGGGUCAAAUCGGUUGAGGUUGCCGUGAGUCUCAAAUGA